CGGCUAGGGAGGGACAAACUGCCCCUGCGAUGUUUGUAGUCUGGUUUCCAGGUUAGUGUUUGUCUUCCUCGGCAGCAUGUCCACCUUCGAGAAGCCUCAGAUCAUCGUGCACAUUCAAAAAGGCCUAAACUACACGGUGUUCGACUGCAAAUGGGUGCCCUGCAGUGCCAAGUUCGUGACGAUGGGCAACUUCGCCCGCGGAACCGGCGUUAUCCAGGUGUACGAGAUCCAGCGCGGGGACCUGAAGCUGCUGCGGGAGAUUGAAAAGGCUAAGCCCAUUAAGUGUGGAACAUUUGGUGCCGCGUCUUUGCAGCAGAGACACUUAGCUACUGGGGAUUUUGAUGGAAAUCUUCAUAUAUGGAAUUUGGAAGCUCCAGAGAUACCAGUGUAUUCUGUGAAGGGCCACAAAGAAAUUAUAAACACUAUAGAUGGUAUAGGUGGACUUGGAAUUGGGGAAGGAGCACCUGAAAUUGUGACCGGCAGCCGGGAUGGAACUGUCAAGGUGUGGGACCCAAGACAAAAGGAUGACCCUGUCGCUAACAUGGAACCCGCACAAGGAGAAAACAAGAGAGACUGUUGGACCGUGGCAUUUGGCAAUGCUUAUAAUCAAGAAGAACGUGUUGUUUGUGCUGGCUAUGACAAUGGGGAUAUCAAGCUGUUUGAUCUCAGAAACAUGUCACUGCGUUGGGAGACAAACAUUAAAAAUGGGGUGUGUAGUUUGGAGUUUGACAGAAAGGACAUAAGUAUGAAUAAGUUAGUAGCUACAUCUCUGGAAGGCAAGUUCCACGUCUUUGACAUGCGAACACAGCAUCCCACCAAAGGCUUUGCUUCUGUUACAGAAAAGGCCCAUAAGUCCACCAUAUGGCAAGUUCGACACCUGCCUCAGAACAGAGAGCUCUUUCUGACAGCGGGAGGCGCCGGCAGUCUUCACCUCUGGAAGUAUGAAUACCCAGCUCAUCGGUCAAAGAAAGAUUCGGAGGGAGUGGACAUGGGAGUCGCAGGUUCCGUCAGCCUCCUCCAGAAUGUGACCUUGUCCACGCAGCCUGUCUCGAGUUUGGACUGGAGUCCUGACAAGAGGGGGCUCUGCAUCUGCAGCUCCUUUGACCAGACAGUGCGCGUGCUGAUUGUUACCAAGCUCCAGAGCAUCUGACCCAGCGCUCUGAACUGGACGUUUCCCAGAGGGUGGCUCACAGAAUUGGAGGUCCGUCCUGCACCCUCCUUCCUCACUGAAGACAUUGGAUCAGAGUGCUGACUGACAGCCGCGAGCACACAGCCAGUCUUCCUCCAGCUUCCCGGGGUGUUUGGUGGCCUGGCUGGCAUGCUGCUGCGCGUGAAGGUGCCACACAACAGGGCCAGCUUUAUUCCUCUCCCCAUAUUUCUACUAAAAAAUGUAGAGCCAGGUGCUCUGGUAUUUGUUCUUCGCCCGAGGUAUAUAACAGGCUGAGGCAGGAGAAUCAGUUUAGUCCCUAAGAUCAAGACUAGCUUGAGCGGCACAGCCAGGGGCGGCUCUGAAGACGACUCAGUGACGAGAGUGCUGGGUGCUCUUGCAGGGCACCCAAGUUUGGGGCUUAGCACUCACGUCAGGUGGCCUACAACACCCUGUAACUCCACACCAGGGCUUCUGAUGCCAUUUUCUAGCUGUAGCAGGCGAUGGUACUCAUAGGCACACACACAGACUUAGGAAUUUUUUAAAAAAUUGUAUUUAAAUUUUUUUUAAAUUAAAAAAGACCAAAGUCAGUAGUUGUUUUUUAACUGUAUCUUAAGUUUGUUUUGUAUCUCAAAAGUUCCAUAUUUUCUCUGUACGUUUGUGCUUCACAUUAGCGUUUCCAUAUUGUAGGAAUCACUUCAUUUGGUCUGUAAAGCACUGGAAACACUGUUUGACCCGGCAGGCUGGAGCCCGUUCAGCAGCGUGACUGGUAAAACACUGCGACUUAGAACCGGCUCUCUGCUCAAGUGCAGCUGUUGAGUCGGGGAGACCUGGUUGGCCUUGACUGUGCUAAAGGAUGAUGAGCUGUUGAAGACUGGACUGCUUUUUUUUUAAGCCUUUAAAAUAUAUUUUUUAAAUAAACCAGUUCUUAAAGUCUGUGGAAGCUUGGAUUCUUUUAGUAGUAGUGAGAGAGCUGGACUGUUUCCCUUGUUUCCCCCUUUCUGAGUUCUCAGUAUGUACCUUUAGCUCACUGUCCUUGCCUCUGGCCCACAUCAUAAGCUGAGCCUCAAGUCCACUGGGUGAAUGAAUCACACUUUCCAUAAGAACAGAGCCACCUACAGCAUUCAUAAUAUACAAAACUCGGAACUUUUUAUUUCCAAAAUGCUUUAUAAGACGGAGCUGUUGGGGGGCUGAGGAGAUGGCUCAGUGGGUAAGUGCUGUGUGAGGAUGAGUGCCUUGUCUCACCCUGGGCCACAGGCACAUGUGUGCACCCAUGAAAUACACAUGGAAUUAUAAAAGGAACAAGGUUGUGGGUAUAAUAUCAAAGUAAAAAUAAAAUUAACUGC